AUGAAAUCUUCAGACAUAAUUCUAUCCAAAGAAAACCUAUUUUCCCAAUGCAAUCAGCUCUUUCCAAAACACAAAUCUAUAUCGUCCACGACCAGUGCAUUUUCUUCUCACAAUUCGUUAAGCUUUGACGCAAAACCUCCAGGAAUUUGCAAAAAAAUAAUAAGUAAUUCUCCAUCUCUGGUAGAGAAAGCAUCCCACAAGAAAAAGAAAACUUUCACUGUAAAUUUACCGACACUUUUAAUAGAGUCCAACCCAGAAGAAAUUUCAACUUUGCCUCAGCCGAUUCACGUAUAGCUUAGGUAGGCUUUUAGCCCUAGCGCAGUCUUUAGGCAUUUAUUUAUUAAGCCAAGCUUAUUAGUGUGGGUAGUAAGCCAAAGAGCGAUACACUCUAAGGAAAGGCUAAAAGCCUCCCCAAGCUAUAUAUGCAGAUCUCGAAUCCCAAAUAAUAAACACCCCCGUAAGAGCCAAAAAAACAGUCAACGUGGUUCACAGAAAACUUGCAGUCCCUCACUCAGCAAAAAUUGACUUAAAAGUCCCAAAAGAGCCUAUCUCAAGGGAUAACAGCAGGACAAGACCAAUUUGCCAUCAGAAAAUAUGAACCCAAAGCGAAAUUCUAGACGGAAAGGAUCAUCAUAAAAGGUCAAAAACCUGCCACAGAGAGUACGCAGGGCAAAGCCAAAAGGUUAAAGGAAGGUUUGACAGUGACAUUUACGAAAGAUUAAGGUGCCUAUCCCCACAAGUAGAUACAAUUUUCAGUAUGCCACAAAGCAACAAAAAGCAGUGAAUUACAAAAACCGAACAUUUUUGGAACCCUUGCAAAGACAACCUAUUAAACCGUAUUUUCGGAAGGUCAAAAUCGCCUAUUGUAUAA